AAUUGCAAACCUUGGAUCUCUAACAUCAUACAACUUUCAUAUACUUCUUCAGCCCCAAUUUAUCUGCUUUGCUUACUAUUCUAGUAAUUGGUUUGCUUAAAUUCUACUCUAAAUUUCAAUAGUUUGAUCCAGUUUGGGAGCCAUGGCUGAAUCUUUUCCUCCAACCAAGCCAGUUCAACAACUAGCUGCAGAAGCCUGCAAGCAAGUCCCAGAAAACUAUAUUCACACCAAAGAUGCUCAUAUUCAAGCCUCUUGCCCUCUACUGGAUCUUCCUUCUAUUGAUCUUAGCCUUCUCUCAUCUUCAAAGGAGCUCACCAAACUCAGAUCAACUCUCAGUUCUUGCGGUUGCUUUCAGGCAAUAAACCAUGGGAUUUCAGAUGAUUUCCUUGAGAAAGAUGGUGAAAUCGGCAAAAGCUUCUUUGCUCUUCCAAUGGAAGAGAAGCAGAAAUAUGGCAGAACUGCUGAUGAUAUUGAGGGGUAUGGAAAUGAUUCAAUUCUUUCCGAACAUCAAAUUCUUGAUUGGACUGAUAGAUUGUAUCUUACUGUGAGCCCUCAAGAGCAAAUAAAGUACAAUGUAUGGCCUGCAGAUCCUGAAAAUUUUAGGUUUGUUUUCAUUCCAUUCUUAUCUUUGGCAUUGGUGGGCUCUAGGGGUGUAAAUGAGUCGAGCGACUCAAUCAAAGCUCGAUCAACUUCUAGCUUGAAUCAGCUCGUUUCCUAA